AUGAAUAGUCAGACGACAAACGACAAGUCAGCCAACAAGUCAGACGACAAGUCAGACGAUAAGCCAGAUGGCAAGCCUGAUGACAAAGUGACAAACCAAACGAUAAGCCAGAUGAAAAGUCAUACGACAGAUCAGACAACAAGUCAGACCACCGACAGCCAUUUGGACGACAAGUUUGAGGAUAAGCACGAUGUCAAACGAGACGACAAGUCAACCGACAAGUCCGACGAUAAGUCAGACGACAAGCCAAACGACUAUUUAGAUGACAAGUCAGACAACGAGUCAGACAACAAGCUAGACAACAAGCCAUAUGACAACAAGUCUGAUGACAAGUCAGUCAAAAAGUCAGAUGACAAGUAA